GAUUAGAUAGAAAAGCCAUCAUGGAUUGAGGUAAAGACGCCAUAUUGGAGUGUUCGGCGGCCGGGUCUUGCCCUGAGGAAAAAGUGUGAAGAAUCUUCGAAUUUCUGACGAUUUUUAACGCACGAUUCCAUGAUGGAUGCGGCCAGGAGACUUAUGAGCUUCCAGUUCACCUUCUUUCUUUUCUAUUUGGCCACUUUGUUCGAGAACCCGACAGACAGUUCGGCAGUUAUCCUUCAGAAGAACAAUAUUGACGGCGUCCUCAACCACAAUGAGCUGGUGUUUGUCAACUUCUAUGCUGAUUGGUGCCGGUUUAGUAAGAUGUUGGAGCCAGUGUUUGAGGAGGCCUCCAACACUGUACCUGCAGCUAUCCAGAACGUUGUGUUUGGGAAAGUGAACUGUGACACAGAAACGGAGGUUGCUCAGAAAUUCGGCAUCUCCAAGUAUCCGACCCUGAAGCUGUUCCGUAAUGGUCGGGUGCAGAAACGUGAGUACAGGGGUCAGAGGUCAGUCGAGGCCUUCAAGGAGUACAUCGAAGAACAGAUGAAGAGUAAUAUCCGGGAGGUCAACGACCUCAGGGAGCUCAACGACAUCGAUGGUAAGAAGAGAAACAUCAUUGGGUACUUCAAUAGUAAGGAGAGCCCCGAGUACAAGACCUUCCAGCAGGUCGCCAGCAACCUUAGGGACGACUGUGACUUCUCUGUGGCUGUUGGAGAGAUAUCCAAGAAGGAAAGAAUAUCUGGCGACAACAUCAUUUUCAGACCCCCAAGAACUAAGGACCAGGACAUGGUGUACCUGGGUUCUCUUGUCAACAAGGACCUGCUGACCGCUUGGACAACGGACAAGUGUGUGCCGCUGGUUAGGGAGAUCACAUUCGAAAAUGGGGAGGAACUGACAGAAGAAGGCCUGCCAUUCCUUAUCCUGUUCCACAACCCUGAUGACGCUAACAUUGUUCAGAAGUUUAACCAGAUUGUUAGCAGAGAGCUUCUGCACGAAAAAGGAAACAUCAAUUUCCUGAUAGCAGAUGGUACAAAGUUUACCCACCCCCUGCACCAUCUGGGGAAAUCUACCAAAGACCUGCCUGUGCUAGCUAUAGACAGCUUCAGACACAUGUACCUGUUCCCUGAUAUCUCUCAGAUGAAUGUACCUGGAAAGUUGAAACAGUUCUGUGCGGACCUUCACUCUGGAAAACUGCACAGAGAGUUCCACCACGGCCCCGACCCAACCACGCCCCCUCAGAUAGCCGGACAAGAUCAACAACAACAACAACAACAGCUUUCAGGAGGACAGGCUGGGUCUUUGCCUAAAGACCCAGGACAGCAUCCAACCGUAAAGAAAGGAGGUGGCUCCGCCCCACAAGAAAAGAGGCCAACCACUCCGCCCGAGAGUCAGUUUGUAAAACUGGCGCCGAGCAAGAACAGAUACACUUUACUCAAGGAUGAACUCUAAACCUUAACUAGUGUCUGUUUUCUUUGUCCCUAGUUUACAUGGAGGAAAAAUAUACCUUUAAAGCUCUUUGCCUUGAAGGCUUUUACUUGAAUUUGUUUAAGCGUUCCUUGAGGAACAACAGAAGAUAAAUUGGAUAGUGAGUGAGAGGGAUUUGACAUCUCAAUACUAUUUCUUGCUUUAAAAACAAAAAAAACUGUUCAAAUUUAUGUCGAAAACGUGUUUUUUAUGUAAAUUUUUUUGGUUAAAAUUGCUGCAACUUUAGAUUGUUUUCCUUAUAAGGAUGUCAUAACGACAAUUUGUAUUUUUUGUUUCUUUGUUUUAAGAGGACAAUUUAGGAGUUGCUGGAAGAGGUAUAUUUUUCUCCCAUGUUCUUAGAAUGCCGGCAGAUAAAACAUUGCAAACAUUUUUGUCAAAAAUAGAACACUUCACAUUUAGGAAUCAGAGUCUUAGAAUGACGUGCUAUUUAUGCUAGAACCAGAUGCUGGUACAGUUAAAUACUAUUUGGUGAAUAGAGCCUAGGAAAAAAAUGUUGUGUUUCCUGUUUCUCUACGUACCCUAGAAAAACCUGCUGACCCUAGAGAUUUUUUGGGGGGUGGUCAAUGGAGUCACAUAGCUGCCAGUUAGAAUUUUUAUUCAUCCUGCUUCCUGUUGAAGUAAAAACACUGCUUGUCCUAUCUAAUGAAGGAUAAAUGUAUCGCUUAUGCACAAAAUUAAAGUUUGACAUUGAAAUACAGGUGUCCUUAUGCAUUUCAGUUACUUUGUUCAACUGUAUUGUAAUAUGUAUCACAAGAGUUUUGGCCAGCCUAAAAAAAUACAAGAAAAAAAAAGAAAAUAAUCUACCUACAGACCCUAAUUUGUUCAGGACUGAAACAGGAAACACAACGUUUUUUCCCUAGGUGUAACUUCAUGCAUCUUCCUAUGCAUUUUCCUAUGUACCGGUAAUGCAAAAUGCUGAAUUGUAAUUUGAACCGAAGUAUGCAUUUGUCAGUGUUAAUCUACGGGGACUAGGGGGUAUACUCGAUUGCUGCCCAACUAUUUGAAAGUGGUGUUAAAUAAAAGCUUGCUGGAAUAUCUGGAGAGCAGUUUCAAAUCUUGAAACACUGUCACCCCCCCCCCCCCACUGUAUACUUUCGCCCUAUGUAUGUUUUCACUGACACAUGUAUUACAUGUGAAUGGAUAAACAUCAUUAAAAUGAUCAUUCCCAAAGCCACACAAACAACGUUAGGAAGAAGUCAGUAGGUUACAAUUUAAAGUGUUAGCUUUCCACUUUUGAAGGACCACAUUUUACACAGUCUUUAAAGUGUUUUGCAGGAAGAGGUACAUGUAGUGCUGUACCUUGUAAAAGGUAUCUUUGCAAUUGUUAUGAUGGUGGAUAAAUAAAUGGCAUUGUAGAAAAUUACUUGUCAAUAUGGUACACAGUGUCUCAGAACCAAUAAAAGAGUACCUUCAACUUUUGUAUGGCAAUGCCAACUCUCCUAGAUCCGCCGGGUGCCCUAAGACUGUUACAUGAGAAAAUUGGCAUGAUAAGCAUGUCCACUGUUUCAAAUACGCAUACGCAGCGCCAGGAACUAUGGGUAAUGUGUCAAAGGUCAAAGCCCCUGACAUGUAUACACAUCACGUCUCGAAAUUGUUAUACAAAUCAAGGCAAUGGUGAGAGAGAACUGUUUACAAGUUAGGGGCCUUGACCUUUGACAUAUUACCCACAAUACGCUGCACAUGCGUAGCCUGUUAUCCAUCCGUAUUAUAGCUCCCGAGUUGCAGAGAGGACAGAAGAGACUCGGGAGCUAUAAUACGGCUGGAUAACACGCUAAGACAUGCGCACUCUGAGCCAUGAACACGCUUAUUGAAGCCUUAUCAAGAGUGUAUUGAACAGCUGAAUAGCUGAAGUGUGCUUCUGAGAAUUAUGAGUAGUAGAUGUCUUGAAAUUACCUUUUUUUAUUGUGACAGUCUUAACACACCUGGUGUAUAGAAUGGGAGUUCACCUUACACCUUUCUCAAAGUCCACAGUUUUCUUGCAUCUGUAAAAUUUCUGUAGUAAGAUAGAGUAUUGUAUCUUUUUAUGGAAAAAAAGAAUGACCUAGCAGUCAGAGGUGUACCAUCCUAGAGACAGAAUUGGUGGUAGUCUAAAUGUGGAAUAUCUUUGCAUUCAAAAAUGAAAAUUAAAUGCAGACACUCUCUCUACAAA